CAAGCAGACACUGGUCCAAAUUUCUAGCCCAAAUUUCAACACCCAGUGUUACCACAUUGCUCACAUUUUUUUCUCUUUCGAGUUUUUGGGUCUAUAAAUUGACCGAGCUAAUUUCUAGCUCCUAUAUCACAAUCUUGUGCAUUUUCUUGAAUCUUUUUUUGAUCUCCUCCGUUUUCUCUGCACAUCAUUGGGUUUGUGAGCUUCUUUCAGUACUUACCGCUGCUGAGAUCGUUGAGCCCUGAAACUUGUAGUGUAUAUAUAUAUAUAAGGAACUGCUUAAGGUUUGUAGAGCAAAGCAAGCAAGCCCAUUUACAUAAACACACAAAAGCUCUUUGGGUAGGAGUUGUUUUGAAAGUGGGAUAUAUUACAUUAUACAUAAUGGGUUUUGGGUGGUGGAAAUUGUUUGGUGCUGCCCUCGUUGGGAUUCUCUUCUUUCAUGGCUUUUGUGGAGCUGAAAGAGCUCCAGACUUCAGCUUCAUGCACAAUGCAACCACAGCUCCGGACAUAUCAUACUAUGACUACAUUAUAGUGGGUGGUGGCACUGCCGGCUGCCCCUUGGCCGCCACUCUAUCCCAAAACUACAGCGUUUUGCUACUUGAACGAGGCGGCGCACCGUAUGGCAACCCCAACAUUACUAAUUUGUCAGCCUUUGGCCGUGCACUCUCUGACCUCUCCCCCACCUCCCCUUCCCAGCGCUUCAUCUCUGAGGACGGUGUCAUUAACGCCCGGGCCCGCGUGUUAGGUGGCGGAAGCUGCCUCAAUGCCGGUUUUUACUCACGGGCUGCCACUGACUACGCCAGGGAAGCAGGAUGGGAUACGCGGUUAGUAAACGAAUCAUACCAAUGGGUGGAGCGGCUCGUGGCGUUUCAGCCACCAAUGCAGGCGUGGCAGUCAGCUGUGCGUGAUGGUCUGGUGCAAGUCGGGGUGUUGCCCUACAACGGGUUCACUUAUGACCAUAUCUACGGGACCAAAGUUGGAGGGACCAUAUUUGAUCUCGAGGGACAUAGACACACUGCCGCAGAUUUAUUACAGUACGCUAACCCCACAGGACUUACUGUGCUCUUGCAUGCCACUGUCCACAAGAUCCUCUUUAGAACAAAGGGAAAAUCAAGGCCGUUGGCCCAUGGGGUGGUGUUUAGAGAUGCAUCAGGGAACAAGCACAGAGCUUACCUCAAGAGUGGGCCUAGAAACGAGAUCAUUGUAUCAUCUGGGGCACUUGGGAGCCCACAGCUUCUGAUGUUGAGUGGGGUGGGCCCAGCAGAGCACCUCAGGGCCCACAACAUCACAGUGGUGGUGGAUCAGCCCUUGGUUGGGCAAGGCAUGUCUGACAAUCCGAUGAACGCAAUUUUCGUGCCCUCACCCAUACCCGUCGAGGUGUCACUCAUCCAAGUGGUUGGCAUCACCCACUUUGGCAGCUACAUUGAAGCUGCCAGUGGUGAAAACUUCGCUGGCUCUUCUGCAACCAGAGACUUUGGAAUGUUCUCUCCCAAGAUUGGACAGCUGUCAACAGUGCCACCAAAGCAAAGGACCCCAGAAGCCCUAGCCAAGGCAGUGGAAUAUAUGAACAGUCUUGAAGCCCCAGCCUUCACGGGAGGGUUCAUUCUCGAGAAAGUCAUGGGCCCAAUUUCCACGGGCCAUUUGGAGCUCCGAACCCGAAACCCGAACGACAACCCAUCAGUCACAUUCAACUAUUUCAAAGAUCCCCUAGACUUGGAGAGAUGUAUCCAGGGCAUUGAGACCAUAGAGAAAAUAAUUGAAUCAAAGCCCUUCUCCAAAUUCAGAUAUCUGUCUUUAGCAGCUCUGCUCAACAUUACAGCAAACAGCCCAGUUAACUUGUUGCCCAAGCAUGCCAAUGCCUCAAGGUCUUUGGAUCAGUUUUGCAAGGACACUGUGAUGACCAUAUGGCACUACCAUGGAGGCUGCCAAGUUGGGAGGGUUGUUGAUGAUCAGUACAAGGUUCUUGGCAUCGAUGCUCUUCGUGUUAUUGAUGGUUCGACGUUUAUUUACUCCCCCGGAACCAAUCCUCAAGCCACCGUAAUGAUGCUUGGAAGGUACAUGGGGAAAAGAAUACUGGAUGAGAGACUUGCUAGCGAUGGAUAUUGAUCAAUUGGGUCUUAUUACAGCAUUGUUUGACUGCAUGCAGAUCGAUUGGGUCUUAUUAUAUAUGUAUGAUUGGCAUACCAAAGGGACUUCCCAUUUGUCCCCAA